UGUGUUCGAACUCAAAUAAUCCGAGAUCAUCUCACUGGUAGAUCAAAAGGUUAUGGAUUCGUCACUUUUAAGAACUCAAAAGUCGUCGAGAAAAUUUUGUCUUCAUCAACUCACGUAAUCGAUGGGAACGGUGUUAAAGUGUCUUUAGCCUUAAAAACUGUCACAAAGUCCGGUGAAAUUUCUGUUGUAAAGGAUAAUAAUUCAACGGAAAAAGAAGAAAGAAAACUUUUUGUCUCUGGGCUCAAAACAGGAGUCCAUGGUACAACUGACAAUGACUUGAAGGAAUAUUUUUCAGCUUUUGGAGAAGUGGAAGAGGCAAGGAUAGUUACUUCUAAAACCUAUGGGUUUGUAACAUUUAAGACUCCAGAAAGUGUUAAAGAAGUGCUAUCAAAACGUUUACAUUCAAUUGCAGGUUGGAAAAUCAAUGUGGAUCAGCCUUUACGACGAGAGGACAAAAAUGAGAUUACAAGAAGAGUGAAAAGGACAGUUAGUGUUUAUAAUGUGUCACCUGAUACUUCUGAUGACGAAUUAGUAGGGCACUUUUUAAGAUUUGGAGAGGUCGAGAAAAUUCACGGAAGAGAUUCAAAUAAUAAACAUAGUUAUCAAUGUAUGGUGGUGUUCAAAACAGAACUUAGUGCAGAUAUGGCCACAGGGGAACCAGUUCAAGAACUUGCCACUGGAGGAAAGCUGUAUGUGACGCCAAUAUUGAAUAACAAUAUUUCUAAAACUAUUCUUUUACGUGAUACACCUGCGAACAUAACAUUGGAAGUAUUACAGCUUUAUUUUGAACAGUUUGGUAAGAUUUCAUGCAUGGAUUUGACAAGUGAUCAUUACCGAUCCACUCAUGUUAAUAUUCAUGGAGUGAUGUUCAGGACCCGACCAGGCUUGCCGACGAUAGAAUUUCAGGAUGAGCACACUGUAGAGAAUGUUUUGCAAAGUGCUCAUGUUGUUUGUGGAAAGAAGUUAGAACUACAAGAAGUUGACAUUAGAGCCAUGGACAGUGACACACACAGCCAGGAGAGUGAUCGAAGCAUGAUGGUGUUAAUUGAUCAUUUGCCUCGUAGUGUGAGCAAGAAAACUGUUGCAGAUUACUUUGCUACCCAGUCAUUAUCGGUUCAGUCUGUUGAGUUCAAAAUGGAGCAGGCCCAGACCAUGUCAUGUGUUGUCGGGUUUUGGAACUUGGAUGACGUUGAUCAAAUUAUCGAUCAAGUAGCACCUAACAAUGGUGUUGUAAGUAUUGACAGUGCCACAGUGCUUGUUCGCCGCCUUCAUUGGGAAAGUACACAGGAACGUGGAGAACCUGAUAUACAUGUAAACACAGAAGAUAGUUAUUUAUUCAAAGAAUGAAACUUGACUUUUCAGACUGUGCAUGUGCAGUUCACGUCCUAGGCGUACUUAAUUACAGCAUUACACUAUUAUUAGUAUUCCCUGGUAUUUCUAACAGUGAAAAUGUAUAAUUUACUUAAAAUUAGGCAUUGAAAAAAAAGUUUAUUAAUGUGAAUUAAGUACCACUGUGUACAUGUCACAAAAGAGAAAUUCAAGGGAUGGGGAAAGGGGAAUUUGCAAUACUGUGACAGUGAUUUCAGGGGGGGGGGGGUAGUCUGUGCAGGAAAUGUUAACAAGAGGACUUUGCCUUAGAGAAUCUUUCUAGUCCCUCUGAUCAACCCAGCUGGGAAUUUCCCUAUGGGGAAGCCAAUUUGAUAUGUUCAUAUCAGCAAGGCUACAACAAAAAUUACAUGAAGUGUCAGUCGUCUCCUGCACUUAUUACUCUCAGGCGAGAGAUGGCUUGCAUUUUCAUGACGGUGAGAUGACUGACAUUUUGGGCUACAACAAAAACAUUAAUAAAAGAAAUAGAGACCAGAAAGAAGAGUUAAAUUCUUGAUACUACAAACAGCUCUUUUCUACAAUAUGCAAGUGAUGUAAAAGUUAAGUUCACCAAAUUAUCUCCAAGCCUGCACAACGAUAUUGUUCCUUUUGCCAAAUAAUAUAAUAUCCCAUAUUUGUGUUCCCAAGUGUACACUUUACAAUUAAAAACUAAGGUAAAACUAAUUAACAGUAGAAUAUAAAAGUGUGCUUUUUUUCCACCAAAAAAUCCUCUAUACAUUAUAAUAUAUAUGCAAAAAAUUGUAUUCUGGAACAUGUCUUUGACAGCCAGGACAAUUAAUUCUGGGAUCAACAAGUUUAUAAUAAAAUUGAUCCCAGCUAACUACUAUACAUCUAUAAUAAAUAAUUUAUGAUAUUAUAAUUUUCAUAAAAUAAUUGUUACAGUAAUUAAAACAGUCUAUUUAAAUACAGCAAUGGCCAAAUAUAUGCAGUUGACUCUUUGACUUAGCCACUCAGGAAUGUUCAAUUGAGAGACAUGACAACUUUACAACAGUAAGCAU